AUGUUGCAGCAAACGCAGGCGCAGCUCCUCGCCACAGCCGUGCAACAGUCUGCAAGUCAACAGACCAGCACCACUGGAGCCAAUAUCUCUGCCUCUGCGGCCACGCCCAUCACACUGUCUCAGCCCAUUCAGAUCGUGUCUUUGAGUUUGACUCCAGCACAGUUGAUGUUGCAGCAAACGCAGGCGCAGCUCCUCGCCACAGCCGUGCAACAGUCUGCAAGUCAACAGACCAGCACCACUGGAGCCAAUAUCUCUGCCUCUGCGGCCACGCCCAUCACACUGUCUCAGCCCAUUCAGAUCGCACAGAACAGUCUCAAUCUCUGUCUGUCUUUCAUCCUGCAGCAGCUGCAGCCGCAGGGUUUGAACCUGCAGCAGUUCGUGUGGGUUCAGCCAGGGCACUCCAUCAGUUCUCAGAUUCAGCCGCAGUUCAUCAUAUCACCGUCACCUCAGGGUCAGACAGGUCUCCUGCAAGCUCAAAAUCUCCUGACUCAACUACGUCAAAGCCAAGCUAACCUCCUGCCAACUCAGACCAGCAUCACCCUCACCACACAGGCGGCCACACCGACGAGCAAGAUUGGAGCCAUGCCGGCUCCAGCGGCGGCCACUCCAAAGUGCAUGGACGCGCCGUGUGUCCUCGAGGAGCUUGAGCAGUUCGCAAAGAACCUCAAACAGAGACGCAUCAAGCUGGGCUUCACUCAGGGUGACGUGGGGUUGGCGAUGGGGAAACUCUAUGGGAACGACUUCAGCCAGACCACCAUUUCCAGAUUUGAGGCCUUGAACCUGAGCUUCAAGAACAUGAGCAAACUCAAACCUCUACUUGAGAAAUGGCUCAAUGAUGCAGAGAACAUGUGUGCUGAUUCUGUGGUGUCAAGUCCGAAUGAAAUGUCCCCGUGUCUCUGUGAGAGUCUGAACCGGCGGCGUAAGAAGCGGACAAGCAUUGAAACCAGCAUCCGUCUGGCCUUAGAGAAGAGCUUCCUGGAGCAGAGUCCAAAGCCGUCAUCAGAGGAGAUCACGCUGAUUGCGGAUCAGCUCAACAUGGAGAAGGAGGUGGUACGCAUUUGGUUCUGUAACCGCAGACAGAAGGAGAAGCGGAUCAAUCCUCCCAGCAGCGGUGGUGGAUCGCCUGGAUCAGCCAUCAAAACCAUCUACAGCAGCGCCACCACAGCGGUGUCCAGCGGCACAAACACACUGACGGUCAAUUCUGUGGUUUCUCUGAACAACAGCAGCAUCUCAAACCUCACACUCAGUGGUGAAGCUCUGGGUCAGGUGAUAUCUAACCCACCAUCUGUCAUCUCCAUGGCUCCUGCUGUGGCCACGGUUGCUCCUGCCGUGAUGUCACACUCGCUCAGCCCGUCCGCCACCACCGUAAAGCAGGAAGUGGCCGCUGCCGCGCAGCCAGUUUCCACUGCGACAACGGCCACACAGGGGGCAGGGCAGCUGCUGGUGGCAGGUACAGGACUGGGUGGUGCUAAUCUGACUGCUGUCACGGGCUUGAACCCAACAGUCAUAACGCCGUCACAGCUGACACAAGGUGGGGCGCUGUUGAGUUUGGCUCCUGCUCCGGGAAACGCUUUUGGUCCUGCACUGAUGAACAACAAUGCACUGGCCACCAUCCAGGCUCUGGCAACGGGAGGCGCUCUGCCUCUGACCUCCUUCGAUGGAAACACCGGCCUGCUAUUCGCCAACACCAGUUCAGGAAGCACUGCCCCCAGUCUGGUGACCACUCCCCUCUUCCUCAACCCGUCCAGCCUCUCUCUACUACCAGCCAAUCUGCUGUCAGCAGGCGGGGCUGGAGGCGGAGCUCUCAAUCUGCAGCUGGCCAGUGACAUGCAGCAGAGUACUGUUGCCAUGACAACCAAGAGCAUCGCCUUGGCCUCGAAGGCGCAGUGAGCGCAUACGCCUCCGUCCAAUCCUGUGCUAUUACCAAAAACACUUCUGAUGCGUGUAGUACUUCCUGCAACUGAAUGUCCUUGUUUGAUGUUCGAGGAAACGGUCAGGAUUGAACUUUAUUUUUCAAUCUAUUUAUUAAACUAAUGACUGACUGAUUCUUCAUGAGAGAUUAUUUCACAUAAGAGUUUAUAUUGACUUUCUACAAGGGUUUCUGUUUUUAUUUGCAGCUCUGCGAAACAGGCCGAUUGUAGAUGAUUUCAGAUUUAUAAUCAAAAGCAUUUCAGAACUUUUAUGUUGCAAGGUACUACAGCGCUGGGUGGAGGGUUCUAUCAGUGAAUUUUUAAACUAGUAUUCUAACUCGACAUCACUUUAUAAAUAUGGUUAGAAGGCUUUAAAAUAGUAAUAAUCCAUCACAGCGAGCGCUGAUCCUGUGAGAGAUGCAAAUGAACUCUGCUGUCACAUGUUUGUUUGAACAUUGAUUCUGUGAAUCAGCGGCAAUUUCCAACAGUCUGUGUGAGAAACAUAAAGAUGAAAAUAUCAGCACAUGUAGUUUGAACCCUUUCAGCUUCUUUCCUCUGAUCAUUUUCUUUAUUUAUACACAUGAAAAUAUUGAAACGAGGAGGCAGCAUUGAUCUGUUAAUAUCACUGGCAUUUCCGUUUUUGUCUCUUGCUGUAUAGAUUAUUAUAUUCUGUAUAUCAGUGAUUGUGUGCGAGCUGCUGCGCUUUACUUUCAUGUUUGUUGGCUUUAUUAUUUUGUGCAGGAAUGAAAAUGUGGAUGAAAACCAAAGAACCAUCAGCUUUGUGCUGCCCCUCUGUUUCUUUUCAUCCUUAGUCAAAAAACACACUAAAUACAAGGAUUAUAUAUAAAUAUAUGAAAAUUAGUUUUAUUUUUGUGGCUCCCAAAGCAAAAAUAUACUUAAGCGUGAAAACCAAAGAUUUUUCAUUUUCUCUUUGCCUUUCCCUUGAUUUUUUUUCUUUUUUUAAAUGUAUAGUUAAUUUUAAAUCAUGAACACAUUGUAGACUUUUUUUUUUAUCCAGAGAUUGAUUUUCUGGUGGAAUAUGAAUCAUGAGAUAAAUCGUCUCAUGAGUGUCUCGUGUCAUUCUCAUGAGCCGCUUCUGAGAGAUGAUUGUAAUUUCAGACUGUGUGUGAGAUUCUUUACAGAAUGUGUUUGAUACAGAAGGUCUGUUCACACACACACACACACACACACACAAGCGCAAACAGACACACUCUCUUACACACACUCUCGUUCCUCUACAGGUGUUCGUCGAUUAAUCAACUCUCACAGUUCAGUUGUUGCUGUUUGCCGUAGAAAUGAACCUUUCUGGAUUUGUGCUUUUGUCUGUAUUUUUCUUUGCUGUUCAUUAUCAGAUGAUGAGUUUGUCAUGUUGCUGUUGCUGCAGUUGUAGAUUUCAUUAAAUGUUUUUUUUUUCUCAGA